AAUUCAGAGGCGGAUGUGAAAGUGAAAGUAUUUAUUGGGUGGAUCCUGCUUUCUAUUGUUUUGCAUGAAGUAGAAAAGUUUAGGUCCGGGUUUCUCAGGCUUCACUUCAGAUCGGACGCUGUCGGGCUUCUUCUGAUCUUAGUUGCAGUGAAAGAAACGGCCGUCUAAUAAUUCUACCUGUGUCUCGUCCUCAGAAACAUAAAGAUGGAUGAUUUCUAUAUGAUAACUCAGGAGGAAAUCGAUGAUAUUAAAGAAUCCAUAUCUACUCAGGAUCUCCCAACAGCAGUAAACACGAUCAAAGAAUUCCUUGAAAAACAGGAUGAGGUGGAGCUUAACGUUGCUGUGACGGGGGAGUCCGGGUCUGGAAAGUCCACGUUCAUCAAUGCAUUCAGGGGUUUAGGGGAUGAAGAAAAGGAGUCUGCUCGAACUGGCCCUGUCGAAACCACCAUGAAGCCUGAGUCUUACCUCCACCCAAAAUACAAAAAUGUGAAAGUGUGGGAUCUUCCUGGCAUCGGCACACCCAAGUUCAAAGCCGAAGAGUACCUUAAAAUGGUUGAGUUUAAACGCUAUGAUUUUUUCAUCAUCAUCGCUUCGGAUCGAUUCAGAGAAUGCCACACUCAGCUGGCCAAAGAGAUAACGAGAAUGGGAAAAAAGUUUUAUUUUGUUCGUUCCAAGAUCGACUCCAGCAUUGAUGCUGAGAAGAGGAAGAAGAGCUUUGACCAGAAAAGGACACUAGACACCAUCCGAAAGAACUGUGAAGAUGGUCUGAGAAAGAUCGGUAUAGAGGAUCCCAUUGUGUUCCUCAUCUCCAACUUUGAGCUCGGCAAGCACGACUUAAAUCUGCUGCAGGAGAGAAUGGAGCAAGAGCUUCCACAGCAUAAGAGACGUGUGCUGAUGUUGGCUUUGCCGAAUAUCACACUGGAGAUCAAUGAGAAAAAGAAGAAAGCUCUAGAGGAAAACAUCACAAAAGUGGCCUUACUGUCUGCUCUGGUGGCUACUGUGCCGAUUCCAGGUCUUUCAGUCGCUGUGGAUAUAGCCAUCGUUACGAGGGAGAUAGAAAAAUACUACAGCGUCUUCGGUCUAGACGAUCCAUCCCUUCAGAAGCUCUGUGAAAGGUCUGGGAAGACCAUUGAGGAAUUCAAAAGUCUUAUGAAGUCACCACUGAGUAGUGGGAUAAACCCAGCUUCGAUAUUGUCUUUACUGGGUGCUGCCUCCCUGGUUGUGGCUGAAAAUGGACUUGAGUAUUUAGCGAGUCUUGUGCCCCUUCUGGGCUCUGUGGUGGCAGGAGGAAUGUCCUAUAUAACGGUCUCAAAAAUGCUGAAGAAAGCCCUGCAUGACAUAGCAGAAGAUGCCAGGAAUGUGCUAAUAGCUUCAGUUCAGACCGAAGUGUAAAUGCAGAAAGCAACACAGAUGUGGCGCAUGUUUAAGAAGCAGCUGCUUAUAGCAAAUUUCUGUUAGUCCGCUAAAUGUUAGAUCACAACGCUCUUGGAGAAAAAAACACAGUCUUUUUGUGUUGCUAUACUAAUGACAUUAUAUUAAAAACCUUUAUCACUUUGG